GUUUGGAAGCAGCUGAGGAAUGAGUUAGGUCCCGGUUGUGGGAUUUUUUUUUAAGUCAGAGACAGACACAGCUGUUGAGCAAAAUGCAGACUCCACAGAAAACCCAAAGCCUCAGACCCUUCAAGCAGAGGAAGAGCUUAGCAACCAGACAAGAGGAAGUUGCUGGAAUCCGGGCAAAGUUCCCAAACAAGAUCCCGGUGAUAGUGGAACGCUACCCCAGGGAGAAGUUCCUGCCUCCGCUGGACAAGACCAAGUUCCUGGUCCCACAGGAGCUGACCAUGACCCAAUUCCUCAGCAUCAUCCGGAGCCGCCUGGUCCUCGGGGCCACCGAAGCCUUUUAUUUGCUGGUGAACAACAGGAGCCUGGUCAGCAUGAGUGUGACCAUGGCAGAAGUCUACAGGGACUACAAGGACGAGGACGGCUUUGUGUAUGUGACCUACGCCUCCCAGGAGAUGUUUGGCUGCUCGGGGUCAGCUCGGACCCUGCCAUACUCUCUAGUGCGUGUCAAGAGCCAGUCCUCUAACCUGUGGAGGGACGGACUGCCUCCUGUGUGUGUGGCGGGCGGUCCAGGGAACAGGGCUGCCCCUCAGUGAUCGGCACCCCCCACAACAGGAAGGUCUGGCCGCCCCUGUUAUCUUUAUGGGGCUCCAUGCUCUGUGUGCUCUAAGACAGUGGGCUGGCUCUUGGGAACUCUGGACAUACUAAGUCUCUUCUGAGUAAGAAAUGGUGAGCUUGUAUGAUGGUUUUGUGUGGUGAGCUGGAGAUGGAUUUUACAUGUCUUCUGUGGUGGGAGCGGCAGGCCCUUGGGGAGUUUGAUUUCACCCCCGUGUGGGGACGAGUCCCACGUGUGCUCGGUCAUAGGGAACCUCGGGCUGUGGACGGGUCCCUGUGGAGCCCCCAUGUGGAGCCGGUGUGAACCGGCUCAUCUGGAGGCGGGGGUCCUUCUCCGUAUCAUUACAGAGAUGACCUUUGUAUUUCCACAGCGUUCGCUCAAUUUGCUUAUUUCCUCUUCGAUUCUGUUGUGUGUACUUAUGCAGUACAGAUUUAUGCCAAAGAUUCAACUGUUCAAUAUAAAGUCACUUAACUCCUGUGCAUGUUUGCUAUGUGCCAGGCACCCUGUGUGCUCAUCACAACCCUCUAUGGCUAAUUAUUGUGAUCUUCAUUACACAAUGAGGAAAUGGAGGCCCAGAAAGGUCAAAAAUAUUUUCCAAACUCACACAACAAGGUCUGCUGGGAUGGGAGCCCAGGGAGUCUGGCUUUGGAAGCUGCCCGCAGUCAUUCUCUGCGAGAACCCCUUCUGAUGAGGUUACUCUGAGAGAUCCACCUGGCUGCUUGAGUUACAGAGCCCACGUUCACCAAUUUAGCCCAUGGGGAGACCUGCAAAGUGGGGUGUGCAGGAGAGCUUGGCAAAUGAAUGACAGUGGGUGUUUUGUUUAGAAGCUGCAGCACAAAGUACCAGCAUAUUUGUCGGGGAAGGCUUUGCAGGGUGUUCAGCUUGAGCAGGGUUUUGAAGCAUGGAUAGGAGUUUGUCUCGAAAGGAUUUUUACUUAUUUAUACUCAACAUACAUUUACUGAGCACUUACUAAAUGGUAAGCACUAUUCUAGGUCGUGGAAAUACAACAUUAACCAAGACAGGAAAGGUCCCAGCCCUCAGGAGUCACUUCAAUUCCAGGGAGGGAGAAAAGACAAUAUUCAAGAUGAGUUUAGAUGCUUAUUAAGUACAAUAAAGAAAAAUAAAACAAAACAGAAGGUGAUUCAAAGAUUUAAUCCUUUCAGUAGGAUGGCCAGAGAGAGCUUCUGGGAGGGAAGAACUUUCACUUGGACCCGAAGGAUGACCACGAGCCAGUGGUGGAGGCUGAGCAUGCCAGGGAGGGAAGGUGGCCGGGCAGAUCCAAACAUGUGAGCCUGACAAACAGAGAGGAUUCUGGGCGGAGGCAGCGGGGAAGGGGAGAGAAGUUAAGCAGGGGCCAGGUCUACAGGGUCAACUUUGCUAAGGUGUUUGGAGUUUGUUUUAAGGUUGCUAAGUAGGAAAGGAGAAGCAUUCUAACUGGAGAAAGAGGCUCAGGGAAGGUGUGAUCUCCCCCCCCUACGUCACGGAGCUGGCCUGUGUCCUCCGCUCACUCUGGGCAUCAGCUUCCUGACUCCCAGGCAGCCAGCCUGCCCUCUCUCCUGCCCUCGGCUGUCCUUUCCCUGCCCGGCUUGCCCGCUUUACCACUCUACUCACUUCCUCUAACACCCAUUCAUCGAGUCCUCUUUGCCAUCUGCCAAAGAAAACAGUGCCUGCCAUGCUUGUUCUUCAGACACAUCCUGUUGCUUCACCUUGAGGGAUGAGUAUUCUUCCUGAAUGAAUCUACGUCCCAGGACUGACUCUGACCUUGAUGAGAGGUGGUUGGCCCUGGACAGCCACCUAACUGCCGGUGCCCGGGGCUGGUGCUCCUGCUCUCAGCCUUAUCCAUUUCCGUGCCUGCUCUGGAAUCCAGCAUCUAAGCUUGUCGUCAUGCUGGGUCAUAGCUGGGUGAGCUGCUGUGUUCUGUUCGGUCUCCAAGACCGUUCCCAGUAUGGCUUCCAUCCUGCAUCAACCCCUGGCUGCCUUGUUUGCGGUGCACAGUGUUUCCUGCUGCUAUCUAACCAACCAGCCAAAAUUCAUAGGUGGCAUAGAACAGUCCGGGCUUUUUUGUGCUCAUGGUGUCUGUGGGUAAGGAUUCCAGAAAGUGCACAGUGACCACAGCUUGUCUCUGCUCCCUGACGUCUGGGGACUCAGCUGGGAGACCCGAAAGGCUGGGAGUGACUUGAACAGCUGGGAGCUGGAGUCAUCCAGAGGCUUCUUCAGUCUCUUAUCUGACUCCUGGGCCAGAAUGGCCCAAGGUGGGCCCAGCUGAGCCUGGAGGGGCUCCAUGUGGCCUUUCUCAGCGUGGGUUCCUGGACGGCCAUCCUCAGGAGCAGCGGGAGGGCACCGCAAUCCAAGGAGCCAAGACUGCAGCUGACCUGUCCCUAGGUGAUGAAUCUCAAUUGAUUUUGGUCAGGAUUUUUUUUCUUUAUUUUCUUCACAUCUACUCAGAUGCAUAAGAUUAAUUGGCAAUGUGUCCUUCAAUAAAUUAUGACUUUUCUGUUAUGGUA